UCUUUGCAAUAUUUUGAUACAUCUCUGCUUCGUUACAUUUCUGUUUACAUGAGGCGGUCUGCAGCAGGAACAAGGAUUCCUCUCUGAAAGUCGACUGCUAAUGUACAUCUGGCACUCUACUCUUAUGGAAAAGUUAUAUUUUCUGUUUUGUUUUUUCUUUUUUUAAAUAUCAUGGGGUUGUGAGUCACACAAAAGUUGGGACUUUUAUUUGUACAACCUCAUAGUCCAGGCUGCUUUAUAACUAGCACAGGCAAUAUUAACAAUUACAAUUUAAAGAUCUGCAUGACUUAAUAGGCUUUUGGUCACUUACAACUAUUUGAAGAGGGAGUGUGAGGGAAAGUAAACAAGGCAGUUAAAUAAACAGAACGAUACUGUUAGCAACAUAAGCGUAAACACCAAUCAAGAGAAGCCCUUGGUAAAUAUGGGCUUAUGGAAAUUAUAGUGCAGAAGUCUGUUUUCAUAAAACUAAUUUUGGAAAUACACACAUCAGAUUUGAGAACACCACAUGGGAGAAAUUUAAGUUGUACAGAGAAGCAGGAAACCAUAGAAAAAUAUUGUGCAUGUUGUUUCUGGUCCCGCAACACAUUACACAUUUACAGAAAUGAAUCAAAUGGAACAAGGAAAUACAACUACAGUAAAAGGGAAACUGAUGACAAAUUCAGCUUCAGCUGAUAAUAAACUUGAUUUCAAAGCUUCUAUAAAAAAGGAAAAUGAAAAAAGACCUUCAAAUCCCAAGCAAGUACCUGUAUCUAGUGUUGCUGCUGGCACAGCACCAUUAGUUCAUCAGCAAAGGAGAUAUUCUAAAGCUCAGGAGACAAGAAGUAAUGUGGUAAGCCUGCGGGGGUUGAUAGCGGCACAGAGAUUCUCAAAGGAAUUUAAGGAAAGAGCUGCUUUAAGAGCAAAGAAAGGAAAUGAGAAACCACAGAGACAGAUCCUCACAAUCAUCAAUGAUCAGGUCCCUUCUGCUUCUGCAAAUCCAAAAGAAAGAUUCUCCUGUGUCAAGGCAGAGAAGUUAAUCGAGGAGUAUCUAGCUGUCAAGCUUGCAAAUGCAGUUUACCAUCCUGUGACAUGCACUAACCUCACUAAAGAGAUCUGUGAAGAAAUAAAAGUUACUUUAAAGAAGAUUGCUCCACCUAGGUAUAAACUGAUCUGCAAUGUCACCGUGGGGAAUAAAGAUCGGGAAGAUGUUUUUGUUGCCAGUAGAUGUCUGUGGGACCCAUAUGCAGAUGAUUUUAUGUCACAUUAUUAUGAAAACCAGACUCUGUUUUGUGUUGUUACAGUGUAUGCUGUUUAUUUUGAAUAAUCAUAGGAAACUCAUCUUAUAUUACUAUGCUGUUCAAUGGAUUAAGCUUCCUAGCCUAUUAGACUGAUGACCACUCCCCUAAAACACAUACAUACAUGCACACACUCACACACACUUGCAUGCAUGCAACAUGCUCACACACACACACACACACACACACACACACACACACACACACACACACACACACACACGCACACUAUUCUAUAUUAAUUAGUAUCCUGAGAUGGGUUUUCAAGGUCAUCUAUGUUUGAAUAUAAGAAUGAAUUGAUGCUAUUUUAGUUAUGUAGUUUGUUCUGUUUUAUUUCACACAAGAGCAUGAAACAUGCUAGACUAUCAUACUUUUGAGUAUUUGUAAAGCAAAAGACAACAGUAUCAGUGUCUUCAACAACUUAAAAAGUAUAUUUCAUAAAGAUUUUUUAUCUACAUGAAACUCUUUCCAGAAUAAUUGUUGUGAUUGGCAAACUGACAGAUGUAAUGUUCUCAUCGUUUUAAUUGUCAGGAAGCUUUUUAUGUAUUAUAUGUACCUAUGUAAUUGUACUAGGAUUGCAUUUUUGGCAUAUGGCCCCACAACAAUAACCUUAAUAAUUGAUGUUUUAUUACUUAAAAAAACACUAAACUUGAACAGACAUUUUAAAAUUAUGUAAACUUCAGUCUGAGUACAGUACAUACAUUCUUCUAAACAAAAAUCACAAAAAUAUAUUAGAAAUUCAGAAGUAUUCUAAUCCAUUUCAGAUAUGUUUUAUAUUGUUAAUGAAUGCUCCUUUUAUAGACCAUUGGAUCUCCACUUAUUGUGAUGGCAUUCACCACCAGACAUCUCUAUAAGAACGUCAAGAGGAUGAAUAAGACAUUUCAGGGCAUGAUAACAUACAUUACGUAGGAUCUAUACCAAGAUACAUUGUAAAGACAAACUAAAUGUGCAUAAUGAACAAUUUCCUUUGGAAAGAACAGGUCAGAUGACAAGUUAGGAACAUUAAAGACUCAGUGGGAAUUAUUGGAAACCAUAAUGAUAAACUCUUUUUAAAUCUUUUAUUUCAAUGAAUAUUAAGAUAACAAAUGUCAAAACAUGUAAAGAAAGAGGAAAACAAAGAAAAAUGGACAGAUAAUAAACCCCAAUUAGACAAUAAUCUCCUAUAGUAACACAUAUAGUAACAGUGUGCUAGAUGGAUGAAAUAGCAUUUUUGACAGGCCAGGUGCAAUCUGUCUAGUACAGUUUAUAAGCAUAGUGUAUCAGUUUUCCCACUGCAUACACUCUACAAGUAUGUAGCAUUUUUUGAACAAGUGUAAAAUACACAAGGAGUAAAUAUGCCAUCCAGUAGAUUAUUAGGGGUUCACGUCUGAUGGAAGAAAUCUCAUAAAACUCAGGAGAAGAGGUUAUCUGGAGAACUAAUAGCCUUAAAUUUCAGGGGCUCUCAAAAUGUUUAUCACUUAUGGUGGCUGUUUCCUACUGAUCCUCUUUUAUGUGUAUUUUAUUUCAGCCUCACAGACAUGGUGGAUUAGUCACAGGCUUUCCAACAUCUAAUAAUUAUUUUUCUAGGGAGUGUGAGUAAUUUUUAAAUCAUUUUCUGUUACGUUUUAUUAUAGACAACUCAGUCAUUCUGGCUGAGAGACUAAAACUAAUAGUAUUAUGAUUCCAGAGUAUAAAAUUUAUUUGGAUAUCAUACUAGAAACUGAAGCAUAUGUAACAGAGCUAACAGUCCUAUCCAAACACAUCCAUCAUUAAGGAUCCACUGAUGAAAAAAUAUGGCUAAGCCUUGCAGGUGCAUAAAAUCUGCUUCCUCUGUAGAUGACUGAGGUGAAAUUCAUUGAGUGUCAGUAGCCCAAAUGAAAAAAAAAAAAAAAAAAAAAAC